UCGGAAGCGAGUGAGCAAGUGUCCGAGUGCGCCGAGCCAGGAGGAAUCGCGAAUACGGUGCGACAGUGUUUGGUUCGAAUGCCGGUGCAAAAAUGCAGAAUGUAGCACAAGGUACGGCCGCAGAUAAUCCGAAAAUAGAUAAAGUGAACAGUCAAGUUGUCCAGCAGCAGCACCAGCAGCAACGGCAGCAGCAGCAGCAGCGCGAUAACUUGCCGUCGACUCCCAUCGUCAACCACCAAUCAUCGGCCGCAUCGAGCCCGACGGAAACCUACUCGGAGCACAGGCAAUUCAUGUCUGAUACCUCCGAAAGCGAAGAGGACAGCGUCUCCGAGGUGGAGUCAUUUGUGAUAGAUCAAGAGUACGAAGAGGAUCCCCAAGUAGAAGCUGAGAAGUUUCUCUUAAGUCAGGAAAAUAGAUCGGUCGAUCCGGAGACCCAAGCUCGUUUGGAGGCACUACUCCAGGCAGCAGGAAUUAGCCAAUUGGCUACGAAGGAUGGUAAACAUCUUGCCGAUCCUGAAGUAUUGAGAAGACUCACUUCGAGCGUGUCCAGUGCAUUGGACGAAGCGGCCGCAGCGUUAACGCGUAUGCGAUCUGAUACAUCGACGCACGUCCAAUUAGCAGCGUCAGCAGCAGCAGCAGCGGCAGCAGCCGUAGUUGCAUCCAAGCAACAACAAUUGCAACAGUUGCAGCAGCAGCAACAGCAACAAGAACAGACCUUAACGAUAGAGGAUCAGGAGGAGCAGGAACAACAGCAGCAGGAACCUGAAGAAUCGGCUUCGUCGCAGCCACAACCAACUCCGCAGGCGCAGCCAGUGGUAGUAGAGAAGACGCUGUCGUUAGUGGAAGCUUGUACGGAUGGUGAUGUUGGUACAGUGCGUAAACUGUUGACUGAAGGAAGAUCAGUGCACGAAACGAGCGAAGACGGAGAGAGUUUGUUGUCUUUAGCUUGUAGCGCAGGCUAUUACGAGUUAGCACAAGUACUAUUGGCGAUGCAUGCGAACGUGGAAGACCGUGGUAUCAAGGGCGAAUGCACGCCCUUGAUGGAAGCAGCGUCCGCAGGACACCUAGACAUUGUUAAGCUAUUGGUGGCCCAUGGCGCCGAUGUGAACGCUCAGUCUACGUCCGGAAACACGCCCCUCAUGUAUGGUUGCGCCGGCGGCCAUCAAGAUGUGGUGAGGUUUCUUCUGGGAAAUGGAGCCAGUGUGGAGGAUCAUAAUGAAAAUGGACACACACCUUUAAUGGAAGCGGCGAGCGCAGGACACGUAGGCCUUGCGAUGAUCCUUUUGGAGAACGGCGCCGGCAUCAACACGCACUCCAACGAGUUCAAGGAGUCUGCCCUGACGCUUGCAUGCUACAAAGGUCACCUGGAAAUGGUCAAGUUUUUAUUGGAAGCAGGCGCUGAUCAAGAGCACAAGACCGAUGAAAUGCACACCGCCCUGAUGGAGGCGUCGAUGGACGGUCACGUUGAGGUGGCCCGUCUGCUGCUGGACUCGGGUGCCCAAGUCAACAUGCCAACAGACAGUUUCGAAUCGCCCCUAACGCUCGCCGCUUGCGGUGGCCACGUGGACCUCGCCAUGCUCCUUAUCGAGCGAGGCGCUAACAUCGAAGAGGUCAAUGAUGAGGGCUACACCCCUCUCAUGGAGGCCGCUCGAGAAGGGCACGAAGAUAUGGUGGCUUUACUUUUAAGUCAAGGUAAUUUACAAACCAAUACGGAUUAUAAUACUUUGCAACAAAAUAUUAUAAUUUUAGGUGCAAACAUAAAUGCGCAAACUGACGAAACUCAAGAAACUGCUCUUACGUUGGCAUGCUGCGGCGGUUUCACCGAGGUAGCCGACUUUUUGAUAAAGGCCGGUGCCGAUAUCGAAUUGGGCGCGUCCACUCCGCUCAUGGAAGCGGCGCAAGAAGGCCACCUGGAACUUGUGAAAUACCUUCUGGAGAACAGCGCUAAUGUGCACGCCCAAACGCAGACGGGCGACACCGCUCUGACCUAUGCAUGUGAAAACGGCCAUACAGACGUCGCCGAUCUGCUCCUGCAGUACGGUGCUGAUUUGGAGCACGAAUCCGAGGGUGGCCGCACCCCCUUGAUGAAAGCAUGCCGUGCCGGACAUCUAUGCACCGUCCAAUUCCUCAUCUCCAAGGGUGCGAAUGUCAGAAGGCAGACCACCAACAAUGACCAUACCCCUCUUUCACUGGCAUGCGCCGGUGGACAUCUACCUGUCGUCGAACUGUUACUGGCACAUCGUGCAGAUCCCAACCACAAGCUAAAGGAUAACUCAACUAUGUUAAUAGAAGCGGCGAAGGGUGGACAUACGAAUGUUGUGCAGCUAUUGCUGGACUAUCCGCAUUCUAUGAUGUUGAACCAUCAGCCGACAGCGGUGGUUGCAGCUGCGGCCGCCGCUGCGGCAUCAUCCACAGCGGCUACCAAUCUAUCUAUGUUGCCGGGUCAGGUUGGUAGCCGCGAUUCGCUAACUUCCAUUAACUUGUUUAACCCGGCGUCCGAUUUCUCUCCCGCCGUCCUCCAAGAGGUCCCCGAAGCUGUGCGCAUCAUCUCACAGAUGGACGUGCAGAAUGCGGCGGCAGCGGCUGCAGCAGCGGCUUACGCCAGUACGAGCACAACAACCACCACCAUCAUCAACAGCGUCGCUACCACUACCAGCGUUUCCCCGAACAUCAGCACCACCGCAACCACGACGACAGCGACCGGCCAGAGGAAGUGCAGCCGACCAUCGCCAGCAGGAACGAGCGCCAACACCGUCUCUACAGUGGCCGUCCCGGUGUCAACUCCAGCUGCAGUUGCUCCCGUUUCCUCCAUCACCAACAUCUUCGAAGGUGACAGCGGCGGCAACAGCGCGAGCGGCGGUAGCAGUCUGACGUCAGCCGAGGCUCAACAGGCUGCCAUGGAAUUCCUUGCCAAGCAGGAUCCCGAGAACUUCGGCGAGAACAGGAAGAGCAUUCUCGCAUACGUCAAGAAUCGCAAGAAGAACAUCCCGUCCACCUCCGGCGAGGGAAGCUCCCAGAAGAAGCAACUGAUCCUUGAAGAACUACAUCGAGUGGACAGGGAGUUCCACGGGAAGCAGCAGACCCACAACAAUAUGCUGUUUCAGUACGGACUGAACGUUCCACAGGAUGAUCCAGUUGCGGCGGCCGCUUCCUCCGCAGCGGCGACUGCUACAACACUGCCCCCAUCACCACCACUCAACAUUGACAUAGCAGGCAUGCAGCAGAAGGCGGGCGCCUUCUCCGGAAGUAACGCCUUCUACACAAGCACUGCCUGUCUGCAGCAGACGCCCAUUAAGCUUGCAGCCGAUUCUUUUGCCCCGCCGAGUAGUAAUAAUGCCAACCAACAGCAAGCUUUCUAUUUUGCCCCGCUCACUAGUUCUUCAACCGUGGGCACCUCAUCGAACGCUAGCACCGUCACGCAGCCAAUCAAGUUUCAAACUUCUCCACCACACGCGGAAGUUAGCCAGAAUACAGCUAUUAGUGAUCGACCAAAAGUGAAGCCAGUCUCGAAAAAGGAAGGCAAGAAUCUAAGAAAACUCUACAACCCGCAACAAGUUUUCAUUCCUCCUCCUCAACAACAACAGCAGCAGCAGCAGCAAGUUGAGAAAAUACAAGAAACUCUGCAGGGCUUAGAUUUGGACAACCUAGAUCAGGAACCUUUUGUGCUCAAGGAGGAAGAUGCCACAUCCGCCGCCAACCAGGACAGUAUGCUGACUGCCUCCAUUCUCCAACAAUUCCACAGCUCGCCACAACAGGGCGUCAUCAGGGCUGAGUUUGUUCCAACUCAAGUACCCGGCACCAGCGAUCCCAAGAAUGCUCAGCAACUGCAGCAGCGUAAAACCGAUGUGGAGUUUGAUCAUGUUAUUAAAGAGGCGACCAAGCUCAUGGAGCGCAGAGCCAAAUUUAUGCGAGAGGACGAAGACGUAAAGAAUCUCGAGUGUUACACCAUCAACGACGUGACCGAACAGCAAAACAACCUACAGGUUAAUCCAUACAGCGCAUCAUUGGACGAAAAUAUGAUUGCUACUUUGGCGAUACAGCAAGAUUUGAAAGAUAUGACCGGAGACGUGUCCCGAGUAGAGUACUUUGCAGUUCCCAACAACGGUGCUCAACUUCCCGUUCAGCAAUCCUUUGAGACUUACGAGCAUCUUCUCCAAGUAGGAAAUCGAGGAUAUCAGGCGGGAUUCCAAGCGGGUAUCAGCUUGAUGCAACGCACUUUAGCAUGUCCAAAUGCCGCAUCACCAUCCACGACUGAAGCGAUCGCGGCGCCGCCUCCGCCACCGCCGCCCGUCACCAGCAGCCAAGCUGCGUCGCCUUCGUGCACCCACUCCUUGGUACAGACCACUACUCAUCACUGCGAAGUGCCGUGCAGUCAACACUCUGUUGCUGUCGCUGCUCCCACUAGCACCCAGAAUCCGACGAACGUAGCAACGGUUCAACAGCCCCAGGUAUCCCACCAGGUGCAAGCAGCUACCCAGACCGUGGCGGAUAAGAAGAACAAGUCUACCGUGGUACAGGAAAACCUCAAGAAGAAGGGGGGUCGUCUGGUGUUCAGACACCAGCCUACCUCUAGUAAUAACGUCGCGCCAGUCGUUAACAACAACCAGCAGCAGCCGUUCCAAAAUAAUCAAAACUACCAAAUCGAUCCUAACUCAGCCAUCACUCAGUACGGUUCAACUGCAGCCAGCCAAUAUGCCAAUGCGGUUGUCUCCACGGCUACGGCUGCAUCGCCAUCUGUACCUCCGGUCAACUUUUGCAUGGAUGUGGAUUCGGAGACGGAGAGUAAUCAUGACACCGCUCUCACACUUGCCUGUGCUGGAGGCCACGAGGAGCUCGUUGAGUUGCUUAUUGCUCGUGGUUCUAAUAUUGAGCAUCGCGACAAAAAGGGCUUUACUCCUUUAAUACUUGCGGCCACUGCAGGCCAUGAGAAGGUUGUUGAGAUCCUCAUCAAGAAUGGUGCUGAAAUCGAGGCCCAAUCCGAACGCACCAAAGACACGCCCCUGAGUUUGGCAUGUUCUGGAGGCCGUUACGAAGUUGUGGAGAUUCUUUUAAACAAGAGUGCAAACAAGGAGCACCGCAACGUUUCCGAUUAUACUCCACUGAGUUUGGCCGCAUCCGGCGGCUAUGUGAACAUCAUCAAGUUGCUGUUAAACCACGGGGCGGAGAUUAACUCUCGCACCGGUAGUAAGUUGGGUAUUUCGCCAUUGAUGUUGGCCGCAAUGAACGGACAUACGUCUGCUGUUAAGUUGCUCCUAGACAUGGGAAGCGACAUCAACGCGCAGAUCGAAACGAACCGAAAUACCGCACUGACCCUCGCAUGCUUCCAGGGAAGGCACGAGGUUGUCAGCCUGUUAUUGGAUAGGAAAGCGAACGUGGAGCACCGCGCCAAAACCGGCUUAACGCCACUCAUGGAGGCAGCGAGCGGUGGUUACGUGGAGGUUGGCCGAGUGCUCCUUGAUAAGGGGGCGGAGGUUAACGCAACUCCCGUCCCAUCUUCGAGGGAUACUGCUCUGACUAUAGCCGCUGACAAAGGGCAUGUACGAUUUGUAGAGCUGUUGCUCUGUCGAGGAGCUGCCGUCGAGGUUAAGAACAAGAAAGGAAACUCGCCGCUAUGGUUGGCCGCCAACGGAGGCCAUCUGAACGUCGUCGAGUUACUCUAUAAUCUGUCCGCAGACAUUGACUCUCAGGACAACCGCAAAGUUUCUUGCCUGAUGGCGGCUUUUCGCAAGGGCCACACGAAAGUCGUCAAAUGGAUGGUUUCACAUGUUUCUCAGUUCCCUAGCGAUCAAGAGAUGAUCCGUUACAUAUCAACGGUGAGCGAUAAAGAACUGCUGGAGAAAUGCCAGGAAUGUGUGAAAAUCAUUCGCGCCGCUAAAGAGACUCAAGCAGCAAAGGCUAACAAGAACGCGUCCAUUCUUCUCGAGGAGUUGGAUAUGGAAAAGAACCGUGAAGAAUCGAAGAAAGCCGCGGCCGCGCGUCGCAGAGAGCGCAAGAAGAAAAAGAAGCUGGAGAAAAAGGAGGAAAAGCGAAAACUCACCGAAGAGAACAAAAAGAACGAGGAUUAUGACGAGAAGAACGAUGAAGAUCUUGAUAAGGCGGCGGACGAUGAUGACACGGUGCAAGAGAACAACGUGAGCCCCAUCAUGAAUGGAGGCGGUGAAUCUGCGGCAGAUAAAGAGGAAGGUGAUAGUGGUAUUGAUGCAAACAGUCAAGGAAGCUGCUCUAGCAACGACGUGAAAACUAAUCAGAAGAGAAAGGAUAAGAAAAAGAAGAAAGGUCAGGCUGCUGCAGCGCAAAGCACAAGCCGCGGAAGCGCGGCUGGUAGCAGUAGCAGCAGCAUUCAGAAAGCUGACACAAAGACAGAGGAGAAACGCAAUAGAGACGCAGCGGAAACGUCCUCGAAAACGGAAAGUAGCAGCAAGGGCAACAAAGUGGCCCAAGCGAGGAAGGGUUUGGUGUUCGACUCAUCCACUCGCAGCCCUGCUGAAAGGGAUGAUUUCGAAGCAACUGGUGACAGUUUUGUUUCUGCCAAAAGCAGCGGCAGCAGCAAGAAAGAAGAUUUACAAUCUUCCAGUUCUAAAUUGAACUCUUCGACAAGUCCCAAGCAAGCUGGGAAACAAAGAGAGGACGGAUGGAAAGAAGUUGUCAGAAAAUCGUCGGUACAAACUGUUGCUACCAGCAGUGGUAGCGAAUCUGGUGUGAAGAAGGUGUCCGUACCGCUGAACGCCAUUUCUCGGGUUAUUGGACGUGGUGGAAGCAACAUUAACGCGAUCCGAGGGGCGACCGGCGCCCACAUCGAAGUCGAGAAGCAAAGCAAGGGCCAAGGCGAAAGGAUCAUAACGAUCAAGGGAACGACCGAGGCUACGAGGCAAGCGCACUCUCUUAUUGCUAUUUUGAUCAGAGAUCCAGACGUGGACAUACUACAGAUGUUGCCGAAAACAAAUAAGGUUCCAUCCUCUGUUUCCACUUCGUUAUGGGACAAAACCCAGAUUGGAACUAAGAAGGUGGCAGGAAAAGUAAUGACGAGCCAAGCAGUUUCAUCAACAGUUACAACGUCGUGCAUAACGGUGGUCACAACCGCGAGUCAACAAAAAUCAAUGUUAUUGUCUCCCUUUGCCCCAUGUCGCUUCAAGACCACGACCAUUACGUCGCGUGCUACACCCACCGCCGCAGCCGCGUGCUCCGCCCCUACACCUAGACUGCCUGCUAGCGGCUCCGUCCCACAACCCGAAAAGAUAGCAGUUCCAUCUUCGUCCUCCGUUUACCAACGCAACAUAGUCACUGCCGCCGCCAACUCAUCCACCACAACGACAACUACCACGACCCGAUCGACGGGCGUCAAAACAUCGAGCCAGACGUUCGCCGCUAAACUGACGGAAAUCAAUCAGAACUCGCAACUGCUGGUGUCAGUUUCGAGCAGCAGUAGCAACAGCAAAUCUAGAUUGAUGCCGCAGCAACAGCAGACGUCUCCACAAAAUCAGCCAAGUAACCAAUCCUCGCCGAAACACCAUCACAGUAGGCCGACGCCCACAUCAUCUGCACCACCCAACAUGCAGCACUAUCCGACGAGCAAUAAGCCGUUCUCCGCAUCGGUCUUGCCCACAUCCAACGACCUCGUGAUCAGCCAACCCUGCAGUCCAACACCCCUACUUCAGAGUUCCUGUGUCCAUUCUCACGAUCCAGAGACGAUUCAAACUACAACGGUGACCACCACUCAGGUCUACUCGUUGUUCAACACACUGACGCAGCAGCCUACUUGGAAGAACGAGGCACAGAAGCCGGCUAACUUUGCAACUGUGACUGGAGGCUCAUCGCAAAACAAGUACGCCGACGAUGAACCGCAGGUGGACGCCUCCAAAGCACCUGGUUAUCGGGGAACGGCUGUCUGUUCGCCAGUCUCCUCCAAGACCAGCAGCAACAGCACCACACCACCGAACCUGCCCAACUACUACGGAGACAGCAAGGGUCCGCUUCCGCCCAUUGGCAGCAACCUUUCGCAUAACAGGCCGCAAGCGAACAAUAGCAGCAACGAUGUGCCGCAUUACUUCCCGUCGAAUAACCAUCUAUCGGACUCGAGUCACUUCAAGAGCAACUAUUCGGAGUCCGCACCGAUAUUGGCGGAUUCCACGCCCCUUCUGCAAGCUUUCCAGGGCAAUUCCAUGCAGCAGCACUUGAACUUUUCUCAGCAGCAGCAACAGCAGCCCCCCGUUAGCAUCUCCAGGCUCAAUCCGAAAGCGCCCGAUUUCUCGAGCAGCAUGCACAUGAGCAAGAACCAGAUGUACAACGGCUACCAAAACUCCUACCCACCUCCAAUUGCGAAGCCGAUGUUGAACUACCAUCGUAGGGAAUUACCACCACAGCCACAACCACCACCACCUCAGACACAGGGGAACAACAACUGGGCUAUGCUACAGAUGCCCUUCAGUCAUCAACACAACGACAUCAUGACCGGAAUGGCCGGUUUGACCCUGCAACAUAUCGUACGUGCGACGGAGGCUAUGAUGGAGAACGGUGCUGGAGACAUGGGGAAUAACUCGCCUGCGAUGUCUCCGAAUCUUCCACCAGCGCACCAACUUCUUAUGAACGAGAACCAUUACUUGGAGGAUCGCAACAAACCGCAGCCCAUUGGCACUGAGCGCGCACGCAAGUCGUCCUUCAAUCCAUCUGGUAGCGGAAACGCCAGUACACCCACCAACGAUGCCAGCAGUUGGAUGAACAACCAAUGGUCGCGCACCAAUCUGGAACCCUUUCUCGGCAGGAACUCGUCUCUCUAUAACGAAGAUAUCCACAUAAUCGAUUCGACGCUACAACAUGGCAUACCGCCAAUGGAGCCCAAUUUUAACAUGAAUAUGUCACGCCAAUUUUACUACCCACAAUCGCAGCAGCAACAACAACAGCAGCAGCAACCGCCUCAGCAGCAGAUGUCUGCUGUUGCCUCUGUCGCAGGCGCAACUGGCAUUCAACACGACUUUCCCUCAGAUCUUAAAUCAGAUUUGGCCACUUGGGAGGCAAGGCAGAACAUGGCUGAGUUGCAAGAUAAACAGCGCAGAUGGUCGAAUAUGAACAACCGAUGGAAUCCGUAAAGGAAUAAUCACACCAGUAUCUAAAACAGACAAAAACAAACAAACAACAACAAAAUCAUUUUAUGUUUCUUUACAUAUUUUCUUUUUAUUUUAUU